AAAAUGAUUCAUAUUUUUUUCAUCAAACAUUAAGAUUCUUGAGGAUGAGUCCUGAACGAUUUGAGCAUUUGUUACAACUUGUUGGACCCUACAUGCAAAUCAAGCAGUGCAGGAGCAGAGAACCAAUAUCCAAUGCCGAAAGACUUGCUCUAACAAUAAGAUAUCUUGCAAGUGGAGAUUCUCAACAAUCAGUAUCAUUUAAUUUCCGGGUGAGCAGAUCAAGUGUAUGCAGUAUUAUAAGAGAAACUUGUCAGAGCAUUUGGGAUGCUGUUAGUGGUCCAUAUCUAAAACCACCAACCUCACAACAAGAUUGGGAAAGAAUUGCAGAUGGGUUUUUCAAUAAAUGGAACUUCACAAAUUGUUUAGGGGCUUUGGAUGGCAAGCAUAUUGCCAUAGAAUGUCCUGGCUACAGUGGCUCUGAAUAUUAUAACUAUAAAGGGUUUUUCAGCAUUGUUUUGAUGGCAAUGAGUGAUGCUAAAAACUGUUUCACCUUUGUUAAUGUUGGAAACUAUGGGAAGGAAAAUGAUGCUCAAAUUUUCAAUAAUUCUGAUAUUGGCAAGGCAUUUAAUGCUAAUGAAAUGAAUAUCCCAAGUCCAACAAUUGUGGAUGGACAUGAACUUCAGUAUGUGAUAUUGUCAGAUGAAAUUCUUGCACUUAAGCCAUGGCUGCUGAAGCCUCUUCUUGGUAAGGGUCUUACCAACUCCCAAGCUGUUUUUAACUACAGGCUGAGCAGAGCACGCAGAACCAUAGAGAACUACUUUGGAAUACUUGCUGCAAGAUGGCAUAUUUUCCGGAGACCAAUUAGAGCAUCGCCAGAAGUAGUCGAUCAAAUAACUGCAUGUGCAUGCUUACAUAAUUAUUUAAGGCUUACUAACAAUCCACAGUAUCUACCAUCCGGAUUUACAGACACUGGAGUUGCAUCAGGAAACAUUGUUGCAGGUGACUGGAGGACAGAGGUUCAUGCUGAAUCUAGUGAAUGA